AUGCAGUCCUUUGAUAGAAAAGAUGUGGACAAGUUGGCAGGACGUGAAUGGGAAUUUGUUUUUCAACCGUCCAUUGGCAAUGCAGGGGGCAUCCUAGUGUUGUGGAAGAGUAGUGAUCUUUCCUUUCUUGUUUCUUUUCAAGCUAAUCAGUAUAUCAUGGGGAGGUUAAAGAUUACUGAUAGAAUUGAUUGGGAAGUACCUCUGGUUUAUGCUAAUAAGGAUAGACAUACCAGGAGGAUUGUUUGGGAUGAUAUUUCCAAAAACCAUACGAUGGGGGUUCCAUUGUUGGUUGGUGGAGACUUCAACUGCAUUAUGGCACAGGCAGAGAAGAAGGGGGGUAAAGCUUUUCAUUUUUCCCCAGCUGCAGGUGAUAUGGCUGAUUUCAUGUUGACUAAUGACCUUGUUAAUCCUGGAUUCAUUGGUCCUAGUUUUACAUGGACUAACAACAAGGAUGCUAGGAGUCGUAUUUUUUCCAGGUUGGAUCGUUUUUUGGUGAGUUCUUCUAUUCUUGAUGUGUUCCAGGGAUUGAAGGUUAAGCAUCUUACCAGACUUGCUUCAGAUCACUGCCCUAUUCUUUGUUGUUUGAUGGAAGAUGUGAAGAAGGCUUGCUACCAUUGGAUUAAAUUUGAAGAUGUGUGGGCCAGCUACCCUUUUGCUUGGCAUUUAGUGGGGGAGAAGUGGAAGGUGGAAGAUCUGGGCAGUGAAUCCUUUAAGCUUCAAAGGAAAUGCCAAAGGUCUUUGAAGGCUUUGUUCUUUUGGAGUAAGAACAAGCUUAAGAGCGUUAAUCAAUUAAAGGAAGACCUUGAUAAAGAAAUUAAGAUUUUACAGGAGAUUGAAUGUGGGUCGAGUGGUCUUUCUGAGGUGCAGGAAGAAGCAUUGAGGUAUAAGGGGCAGUCAAUUGUGGAGGACGGGUGGCCUUCUUUGGAAAUUCAUAGGAGUUGUGUUGCAGAAUUCAAAGACUUCCUGGAAGGUGAUGUUACUGAGGAAGAAAUAUG